AUGCCUACCCCCAACCGCAGACUCGCUCCUUCUCUUGCUAGCACUGAUGUCCAGUUGCUACAAGCUUUGAAUGCGAUGAAAGAAGAGAUGAAGGCCAUGAAGAAUAAGAUCACAUUGAUAGAUACAAGAAUCGGUGUAGUGAUCACUGGUAACACAACCGCCAUUAAUGGCAUUGAUGCCUUGUCUGCCCUCCCAGCAUCUGUGCAUGUGCCCACUAGUGUUGCAUCCACUUCUGCUGCCCUUCCCAUCACCGAAUCAAGUGAUACUAAUGCUGUAUUUCUAAAAUCAAGAGACCAGGCAGAAAUCCAAGUGAACGCCAUAAAACCAAAGUGGGCAGUUGAUGUUCGUUUUGAUUGCUCUCCAAAUAGAGAGUUAGUCAAACAACUCUUGUAUUACUUGGAAAAGAAGUUUGCUGGCACUGAUAUGAGGACACACGACCUUCGUAAGUAUAUAUAUACAAACUUCUGUAGUAGACGUUGCCAGCAAAGGGAACUUCCAGAAACAAGACGAGCCUUGAAUACUAAUUCAAGAAGAUCUGGCCGUGAAACUGAUAACUACACUCGCCAUCGCCUUGCUUAUGAUGCUUACAAGGCUGACAUUGAUCUCAAGAUGGGUUGA